CCAUAAAAAAUACUCUUUGAAACACAACUUUACUCAAACCAGAAAAACAAACAAAGAAAGAGAGAUGAAAAGAAUUCAUGCUCUUCUUGCCUUCACCAGUAAAAAAAAACUUCCAAUAUUACAAGUCACCACACCUCCACAUUCACCCACAAGACUCAAGAGAGAAAGCUCCAAAGGAGUGGAGAAGAAGAUUAGAGUUUGAUUCCAUCCUAAAGUUGCUUCACAUUUAAUUCACCCUCUCUUUAGCAUUCCCAUUACAUUAAGUAUUAUUAACCUUUAACCCAAUUCUUCCCCUGCUUUUUUUUUUACUUCAUGUUCUGAUACAUUUUCUGUGUCUACUGUUGGUCACUCUGUUUUUAAUCUCUUUUGGACCCACGAGAAGAAAUGGUGAGGCCUCCCGCUUGCUGUGGCAAUGCCAACCUGAGGAGGGGACUUUGGACUCCUGAAGAAGAUGCCAAGAUUCUUGCCUAUGUUUCCAAACAUGGAACUGGUAAUUGGACUUCCAUCCCCAAAAAAGCAGGAUUGCGGCGAUGCGGGAAGAGCUGCAGGCUUCGAUGGAACAAUUACCUGAGGCCUGAUCUCAACCAUGAAAGCUUCACACAACAAGAGGAAGAGAUGAUUGUCAGGCUCCAUGCCGCCAUUGGCAGCAGGUGGUCGAUAAUAGCACAGCAGCUUCCAGGGAGGACAGACAACGAUGUGAAGAAUCACUGGAACACGAAGCUGAGAAAGAAGCUCUCUGAAAUGGGGAUCGAUCCUGUUACCCACAAGCCAUUCUCCCAAAUCCUAGCUGACUACGGCAACAUCAAUGGCGGCCUCUCCAGGCCUUCAGCAGCUUCUGCCGCGGCAACCAGAUCUUCAAUUGGGUCCCUCAGCAGAGACCUCAAGAACGUUGCUCAUCUCUUUGUUAGCAACAACAACAACAACAACCAUCCUGAUCAACAUCAGCAACACAAUUACUCUUCCCUUCCACCUCAAUCGUCGAUCACAGCCGCCGCCCAUUUCAUGGAACAGCCAGAAGAGAUUCUCCCCAUUACUACGGAGUGUUUCGUUGGCAACAAGGGAGAAGGAGGAGGAGAAGAAGAGUCCAUGGAUCUCAUGGACCAGCUCCAGGCCAUAAAAUUGGUGACGGAAGCGGCGGCGGCGGCGGCGGCAGCGGGAGGUGAAACCAAUUACUACAAUGACGAUGAAGGUAUGGCGGCGGUGGGAGGCUCGCCAUUCCCGUCCUCUUCUUCCUCUUCCUCCACCUGCUCCACGGCCGCAGCCGCCGCGGCCGAGAUGAAGAAGUCUGCUACAACAACAACUACUGCUACUACUCCACCGUUGAGCUUCAGCUGGCGGGAUUUCCUCCUGGAAGACGACGAUGCUGGUGGUGGUGCUCAGUUCCCGCUGGAGAAUGAUGGCGAUCUGAACGUAAACAAUGGGGAGUUUUCGUCUUCAGGGGAGAAACAGAGUUUGGCGGCGGCGGCAGGGGAAGGAGGGUUGUCGAGGGGAGUUGUCGGGGGUUCGAAUUCUGGUUCUGCUGAUGGUAGCGGUGGUGGGUAUGCCAAUAUGAGUUCGUUUGUGGAAGCGAUACUGAAUGAAGAUGAACGGCGUGACGUGUUCCUGGAUUUCCCUAACCUCUUGCAGGAUCCCACCUACUACCAUUAAUUAACUUUGCGCCUCUGUUUCUCCUCUGCAUUUUCUCCUUUGUUACAAUUUACAAAUCGAAGGAAAGAAUAAGAGUGACUUACGCUUUAACUUUAACAUGGUUCAGACUUCAGAUUGGAAUGUGUUUGUGUUUUUUCAGCGAGCAUAACUCUUGUGUUUGAACUCAAUGAAUGCAAUUUGUCUUCUUGAACAAUGAUUAAUAACAUGGUUCAUAUCUUUUCGAAUAAUGUUCGAACAAGAAUGUCUGAUGUUGUUGAUGAUUUUUCGGGAACAAGCUACGUUAAUUACACCUCCUAUGCAGGUUCCGUGUGAGCUCCAAAAGCGAAAGUCUAGGACUAAUUUGUAGAGAAAGGAUAAAUUUUGACAUUGUGU